AUGACAGGCUGGAGAGCCCCCUGUAGAGGAUUAAGAAGCAUCCGGUUGGUUGGGAUGGCAACAGCAGCAGGCGGAGAGAAGAGAAACUGAUAUAGGACCCAACUGGGCUCAGUCUACAAGGUUACUGGCUCAGAAUUUGACUGUGGAAUUGACUUUUUAAUAGAAACUUUUUUUUCAAAGUGUAUAAACAAUAUAUUGAGAUGUCAGUUAUACAUUUUCAACCAUCUCCCUUUGGAUAUCUUCAAAGAGAAAAACAUAUUGAGCAUCACACAAAAAAACCUAAAGAAGAGAAGAUGUGCAAAUGUAUGGAGGCUCAACACAGACAGCGAGAUGGUGGAUUGAGAAGAACUGGCAAGAAUGUCGAACAACCAUCUAAAAAACUGGUACUUCCAAAGAAAAUAGAAACUUCAAGGAGAGGAAGUAUCAGGGUAUCAUGUCCACCCUCACAGUCUGCUGCAACCUCUCACAAGAUAACCCCAGCCAGGGAGGUGGCCAUGCAGAGAACACUGACAGUAGUGGAAGAAUUAAGUGAAUCGGUUGGUUCUGAGCUGCAAAUCUUAGCAGGUGCUCAGCAGUUCUGUAUAACAUCCAAUGCCAAACCAAAAGGAUUUUGCUGUCAAUCAGAGAGAUUAUACAUUAUUUCCAGUCGCACAGCCAAGCAAUUACUUGUUGCUAUUGAAGAUUCCAGCAGUUUGUGCCUCCAGUUAUGUGGUCCUGCCCGCUCCUGCUAUCUUCGCCUCUGUGACCAGAACAGACAGGAAGUGCUGAAGUUUAGCAGACCCUACCGUGAAGAUGUUUGCUGCUUGUUCUGCUGUCUCAUGGUCAUCAGAGUAUUCAACUCAUCUAACAAUCUCCUAGGCUUUGUGCAGCAGAGGUGGAGCUUGUUUAGUCCAAGCCUCUCAGUACACAACUCAGAAGGAAUAAGAACAAUGGACAUUUGUGGCUCCUGGAGUGCAGCCCGAUGUUAUACUGAACAGGAAUUCCAGGUCACAUCGCUGGAAGGACAACUUGUGGCGAUCAUUUGGAAGAGGUGGCCAGGAUUUAAUGAGGAUUAUAACAUGGAUCAUGAUUUCUUUGGUCUGGAUAUUUCAGCUUCUCUCAGUCCAACCGACAAAGCCCUUCUUUUAGCUGCAACAUUUUUACUGAACUACAUGUUUUUUGAGAUGAGCUAAAAAGAACACAGAAAAUCAGCAUGGCACACUCAAGAAUGCGAAACAUCAUCAAUGGCUGUUCUAAUACAAGAUAAAAUGUCUACAUGACAGUAAUGUGUGUAUAAAUUGCAUGAAUGACCGAAAAAUGUGGCUCAGCAAUAAAAAAAUAAAAAUAAAAGCAAAACAAACUAUUUCAGUUGCUGUAGCUGGAGAUAUUUCUAUUUCUUGAACAGGAUAUUAAUGAAUAAACAUGAUUAUAAUGGUGUCGGCUGAAUUAUGAUGUAAGAACAAUAUCCAUUCUACAAAUUAAAGUGAGGUUCAAUUUUUUAAAAGUGUUCAAGUUAGAUGUGGGAACUUGAUUUAAACCCAACUUCAUGUAAUGCUUUUUUAA